AUGGCCGAUACUUUUCACGAUUAUAACGGAGCCUCGACCGCACCUCGAUCGGUUCGCAAGAAGUUUGCUAAACCGCCAGUUAAGGUAGCAUGUCUGCCCUGUCGGGCUUCGAGAACACGAUGUGGCGGCCAGAUGCCAUGCGCGAAUUGUGUUAGCAAAGACAGAGAAUGUUCUUAUUUGCCCAGCAAACGAGGCGGGCCACGCAAAAAGAAGGAAAAGUCCUCCCUGUCACCAGAACAGGAAUCGAGGCGAGAUGAAGCUCUGUAUAAUGCUGUCCCUUCACCCCCGGAGUUUGAAGAAGCACCGGGGAUGUUCAACCAAAUUGAUGAGCUCUCUCUGCCUGGCGCAGGUUUGAGACAUCUAGAUUUCCAAUCCGAAGUUCCCUCCAUGUUCCAGAACUUCUUCGCUGGCGAUGGCAGUCAGUCGCACAUGCAAGUGCCCUUGACAUCACCGCCCUUGAACAGCACUCGAACUUUCGUAAGGACCUAUGGAAGCGAGCCCGAAAUAUUGAAUGCCUAUUAUGACUUUAUUCAUAACUAUUUCCCUAUUCUUCCACCGCGGGCAUCACCACCGUGUCGUGAUCGACCAUUGAACUGCUCUGUUCCAUGCUCGAACACAUCUGAACCGAUGAUGAUGUAUCGGCCACGUUCGCCUCUAAGUCUUGCACUAUCUGCAGUCUUGGCAUUGAUUCCGCAUCCAAGUGAUCUUGAACCAUCGUCUGCAGCGUCUGUAGUCCAGCGCAGGACAUAUGCGCAUGCAUUCGCCCAACUUGCCCAUUCAACAAUCGAGGCGGAGUGCGAUCUUGAUAUAUCCUCUACUGAUCCCGGACAGGCAUUAUCUGCCGCACGACCUUUUGUCGGACGGGAAAGAUUCCACUCGCAAACUCCGGUGGACUAUGAGAGUCUCCUGGCUCUCUUGGUGCUUUCAGUUUAUGAAUACUCCCAACGCGGCAACUUGCUCAAGAUGCGGUAUCGCGCUGGUCAGGCUCUUGCGAUUGCUUUGGACAAGUCACUCCAUGCUCAAAUAGAGAAUGAUGAAUUUCCGGAAGCUCGACGGAGAGCCUGGUGGAUGACGAUGCCUGCUAUCGUUAUCAAUGACCCGCAAUUCACGACUCCAUAUCCGUCGUUUGCAUCAGAUGCCGAGGGUUGGGCUAUUUUAAUACAAGCUCAACAAGUGCUUGUAUCAGCAACCCAGUUUAUUGGAGAUCUGAACAAGUGCGUUUCGUCCCAAUCAGGGAUGUACUAUAUGUUCGAACGAAUGCAGCAACUUGAUGCCUGGACCCAUUCUGUGAUUGCGCAGGCGGAGCUACUACCCCUUCUGCCUCAGACAUCAGAUUUCGGCGAUCACAACGAAUCCAUCACGGCCCAAAGCAUACGCGCAAUAUCCCGCAUCAAACUAUCUAGGUUCGAGUCAUUCGCCUUCUCAUACAUAAAUCCAACUAACAAUGACCCCAGCGCCCAAAUAAAAACGCAUCGCUUCCGAGCCUUCUCGGACAUCCCCCUCUUCAUCAAAAGACAUUGCGACCUGACAGCAGCAAAUCCAAACAGCGCCACCACAACCGUCAGCACCAAACCCGCCGGCAUCCACAACCUCACCUGCUCCUGCUCAAACCUAAACUCCUUCGAACGAGCAGCCUCGACAGAAUACAUGACCCCAUCCGAUUCCUCGACCUCAUCAGACAUCCACCCCGAAAUCAACUCAUACGCGCCCCAGUACGCUCAAUAUCCAUUUGCGGCCGGGUUCCCCUACAGCACGCAGCAGUCCGCGAAAAUCUGUCUUCAGGCCGCACUCGUCAUCUCCCGCAUGUUCCACAGCCUGCCCGUCCCACAGCCUCUCUUAGAUCCCCAGCAGCAGCAAGGUCGUCCAUUGCCCCGGACCAUGCCAUCUUUCGCAUGCUGUCUGAUGCAAAGUAGCUAUGCUAUGUUCAUGCUCUACUACAAAGCGCGCGUGGCGAAGCAGCUUGCGCCUGAACCGGAAAAUGAGCAUGACGGGGAUUCAACUGGUCAGCUCAUCGAGGAACUACGGCAGGGUUUAGAGCGGAUCAUUGGGGCUGUGUCGAAUUAUUCGCUUGCUUUUGAGGCUUUGGAUGGAAUGAGAGAUGAAAUCGAAGGUGCAUAUAAAACGGCGUUCCCACUAGCAUCUGUUUAA